UUUUGAUGGGCACGUGGACGCCCUGCCGAUUUUCUCGGCGCACGUUGGCGGUGGCGGCAACAUUCUAGAUUUUCAACCUGUGGCUGGUUGGUGGCACAAGUGGGCGUAAGCUGAGAGCAAGCGAGGUCAUCCAUCCUCGUCAGCUCAUUCCUAGAAAGGUCGAUCGUCGACAAGUGGUGACGGUGUUCCCGGCGCCAGUCUUGCAUUUGCCACACUGAGUGAACCCCACCAUGGCUUCGAGCCUUGCUCGUCGCUCCUUCACCUGAACAACCACGAUGAUGAACACAAGCUAACCCUGGAAUGCGACAAAUCGAUCCUCCAAUCCCUUUUGUUCCAGCCAAGCCCUCCUCCUCGCACUGAUGCUACCGCUCCCAUCACCACGAUCGCAUCGUUACCUGUACCCAGCACUGCCGACAUGCAAGCCAUGGUUCCUGUAUCUGCUGCAGCGACCACAUCGUCGUCGUCGCCGACAUUCAGUGACCUACUACCACUCAACAUGCCAUCGCUUGACACGAUCUUGCCCAUGUAUGGUUCAACCAACGAACCGUACUUUUCAUACGAUUUGUUCCUCCCUGAAGACGACUCGUCGUUCGACGGGUUGGACACGUCCCGCGACGACGAUGGCAGCUUCAGUCCGCCGCCAGCCAAGCGCGUCAAACUCAGCCCCAUCUCCACGUCGUCCCUUCCGCAAGCCCAUCGGCAUCAUCAUCCCUCCUCGUCCUCUUCGACGCCGUCGUUGCGUCCUCGGAUGCGCAACUUUCAAUGUCCGCAUCCCGGUUGUGGUAAAUCCUUUGCCGACAACGCGCAUCUCCGGGACCACACGUUUGUCCACACGGGGGAGAAGAACUUGCGGUGCCCGGACUGCGACAAGUGCUUUGCCCGAGUCGCGUCGUUGCGGUCGCAUCGCCGAGUGCACACUGGCGAGCGGCCCUUUGUCUGCAUCGAAGCCGACUGCGGCAAGCGGUAUGCAUCUCGUGCGGCCCUCCGCAUGCAUGUCAGCAUCCACGCCAAGUCGGCGCCGCCGCCCCUCCCGCCAGGGAAGACGUCGCCCGUGAAGAAGCGGCAAAAAAAGUCGGCCAAGCUGGUCAAGCCCAUGCCGCAACUUCCGCAUCCGCACACGGCAUCCCCUCCAGCAGUGUCACACGACCCCAGUGACACGGGACGGUGUCGCAGGCUCACGGAGAAGAUCAACGAGCAGCGGAAGGUGAUUCUGCAUCUCCAAGCGCAGCUAGCCACGACAACAUCAUCGAGAGAUCCCAGCCCCCACCAUCACGACCUCCAUCACCACCACCACCACCAGAUUACGACCAAGAUGUCGCCUUCAAAGCAGCCGAAAGCGCCACAGACAACGACCAAUGCCCCCGCGAACAAGAAGGCGCCCAAGAAGAACAAGAACAAGGCGCCCAAGCACCCGAAACUGGUCAGCCACACGCCCAUGGUGGCCCCGCUGCACCUCCUCCAAGACGGAGUCAAGCCGUUCCAGUGCAUGGUCGGGUGUGGCCGUACGUUUUCCAACUACUUUCAGCUGGCAUUUCAUGCCAAGCAGCACCCGACCGACGACCCACGCGCCGUUCUCGGCGACCAGCUGCCGUUUCCAGUGGGACCAAAGUACUGCCCCGUCGCCGGCUGCGAGUUCAGCGAAGAGGGCGGCAAGUGCAUGAAGACGCUGCAGAUUGUCAAGCGCCACUGGCAGCGCGUGCACCAGAACGACCGGCCGUUCCUGUGCCCCGACUGUCCCCCCAUGGGCGCCCCCAAGACAUUCAAAACCAAAGAUAACCUCACGGCGCAUCGAAAAGAGUGUCGAAAGCGAACGCAUGUCGACUCGUGCCUAGUGUCACCCUGUUGAUCGUAUUUAUCCUAUUUAACCUGUAUGAAAUACACACUAUCGAUUGGGGA